GCCUUCCUUUCCCCUUUUGAACUUUGCGUGACGUGAGGAGCGUCGAGAGGCAGGUUGACGCCUUUCGGGUCGAUUCCAAAGGCCAGGGGGAAGCGAAGGCUGCAGGGCAGUGACAGAGGGAGAGCGUGUGAGGAGACUGGCCCGCAGAAGAGGUCUUUGCUCGCCGGCACAGAGCUUGUGUGAUGGGGUGAGUCUGCCACACGACACUUGAGGAAGGGAAUGGGGAAAUGGCUUGCUGAAGCCUGCCUGCCUGACAUGAAUCAAUUGCCCGCUUCUCUAUCUAUCUCUGUGUGGUGGUGGAUGGGAUCGAUGAGUGCAGGAAUCAGGCGUCGGGUCUGAGUCCGUCUGAGCAGCGUGAGUUGGUCAAGGCGGCCAACUUCACAGAGAGGGACAUCAAGCGGUUCUACAAGAGGUUCAGGGCGCUAGACACCAACCAGAAUGGGGAGCUCGACCCACACGAGCUGUUUGACGUGCCUGAAGUCGCCGAGGUCUGUGGGUGAUGUGCACACGCAGACAGACAGCAGGAGAGGAGAGAAGGCUGGCUGGCUGGCUGGCUGACGAGUGAUGGAUGGAUGGCCCUGAUUGAUUCCCCUUCCCCUUGCUGCCUUUGUCUGUCAGAAUCCGCUGGUCAAGAGGGUGAUAUCCAUCUUUGACACGGACUCUGACGGCAAGGUGUCGUUUGUCGAGUUCCUCGUGGGCCUCGGUACGUACGCCACCCACAGCCAUCCAUCCAUCUAUCUAUCUGUUGGCUUAUCUUAUGUAUGUGGAUUGGAUGGCUGGGGCUGGAUGGGUGUCGGUGUGGUGUAUCUGUCUGUCUGUGUGUAUCAGCCAAGUUGACUGCCGGGACGGACGAGAGUGAGAAGAUCAAGUUUGCGUUUGAGGUGUACGACAUCAACAAGGACGGCUACAUCAGCAACGGGGAGCUCUUCCAGGUCAUGAAGAUGAUGGUCGGCAACAACCUCACCGACCAACAGGUACCUACCUACCUUGUCACGCACACACACAUCGGCACACACAAAUCGCAUGGUCCGCAGCCGGCAAUGGGUCUCUAUCUGUCUGUUUGUCUGUCUGUCUGUCUGUAGCUUCAGCAGUUGGUUGACAGGACGAUGCUGCAGGCCGACAUCGACGGGGACGGGAUGAUAUCAUAUGCUGAAUUCAAAAAGGUCGGAAGGCACGCCUCCUUGCCUGCCUGUGUGUCUUGACGAGCGAGGAUGUGCGGUGUGCGUGUGUGUGUGCAGAUGGUGAGUCACAUCGACUUUGGGGAGAAGUUCAGAUUAGAAGUCUGAUGCUCUAUUACAAGGUACUGACCGACACUUUACCUACCUGACCAGGCAGGGGUGCGUGUGUGUGUCAUUCCCUCUCUCUCUCUCUUUCUCUCUCCCUCCCUCUUUGACUGCCCGCAGGCCUGGGUCCGCUUGUUUUUGCUCCCCUCACCUCCCUCCCCUGUACAUUUGGCCUGCCUGCCUGCCUGCCUCUUACGCCUGCCCGCUGUCUGUCUGCCUGCCUGCCGUGCUGUGCUGCCUGUGGAUAGAUCGCCCUGUCUGUCCCUCACUCACUCACUGCCGCCUUGCCUUGCCUUGCCCCCUCACCCUUGCCCCCAUCCACGGCCGCAUUCAUUCUGCCAUCCAUCCAUCCAGCCAUGUAUGUCAAAGAGUCAGUCCCGUGUAGAUAAGUGGAUGGACAUUUUUUCCAAACCUUACUGCCUUCCCUGACUGAUUGAUUGAUUUGACUGAUUGCAUCAAGCGCACCCACACCCACACCCACACCCACACAUAAAUCCUU